CCGCGCGUGAGAGGGGCGCCCGCUCCAGAGACGGUGCCAUGAUCGGGUGGGUGAGCUCGGCGGUGUUGUCAGUGCUCUCCUGGCUCUUCUCGCCGCUGCCGCUAGCGGUGCUGGCCGUCUUAUUCGUCUGCGUGUACUUCUACGUCACCAGGCACUAUGACUUCUGGAGAUCCAGGGGAGUGUCGGGCCCGACCGCCAAGUUUCCCUGGGGCACGGGCUUCGGACCGCCGCUCUUGGUAAAUCUGGUCAAAUUUGAGGAAUGGCUUUACCACGAGCAAGGUGGUAAGAACUUCUGCGGUUACUUUGAGCUGAGCAUGCCGGUGCUGUAUGUCGGGAAUUUGGACCUGAUUCAGAGGAUUACAAUAAAAGAUUUUGAGUUCUUCACGGACCGGCGCGUGCUGGUGCUGACGGAAGAGUUCAGCGAAAUGUUGCAAGUGCUGAACGGCAAAAGGUGGAAGGAGACCAGGUCUGUGAUGUCACCAACUUUCUCCGCCAGCAAGCUCAAGAUCAUGCAUCAGCUGUGCGUGGAAAAUGCUUCAAAUCUUAACACACACGUGCGGGACGAGAUGAAGAUGAGUGGUGAGAUCAACAUCAAGGAUUGCUUCGGUCGGUUUACCAUGGAUAACAUCGCUUCCUGCGCGUUCGGUGUGAACUGCAAUUCGUUUAAGGACCCCAACACUGAAUUCGCCAAGAACGCGCAAGAGCUUUUCAAACCUCCUCGCGGAUAUGCUGGUUUCCGGCUCAUGCUUAUUCUCCUCUUCGGUGUGGGGUCCGUGCGCAUGUUACCAGAUCCCACUGAGCGCGUCAACGCAUUCUUCAAGCGGGUCGUCAAAGACACCUUACGGCAUCGCGAGGCUGGAAAUUCGCGCAAAGACUUCCUCCAACUGCUUCUGGAGACCAAGAACAAAGACGGCAAGCGUAUCCUUAGCGACAGCAGCAUCAUCAGCCAGUCGGUGUUGUUCUUCAUCGUCGGCUACGACACUACAGCCACGCUGCUGACGUUCGCCGCCUACUGCCUGGCGACGUCGCCGGAUGUCCAGAACGCCGCCCACCGCGAGAUCGACGACGUCCUGCAGCGCCACGACGGCCAGCUGACCUACGACGCCGUGGCAGAGAUGACCUAUCUGGACCGGGUGCUGUCCGAGACGUUGCGGAUCUACCCACCGGCCCCCCGCAUGGAGCGCCAGUGCAGCAAGGACUACACAUUGCCUGGCACAACCGUGCACAUCCCGCGCGGUACGACGGUCCAGAUCCCGAUUAUGAACGUCCACCGCGAUCCUGACCACUACCCGGACCCGCUGCGCUUCGACCCGGACCGCUUCCUGCCCGAGGAGAAGGCGAAGCGCCACCCUUGCGCCUACAUGCCCUUCGGCAGCGGUCCGCGCAACUGCAUCGCCAUGCGGUUCGCGCUGUUCGAGGCGAAGGUGGCCCUCAUUGCCGUGCUGCGGGAGAACCGGCUGGAGCCGAGCAAGCGGACGCCGCCGCCGCCCAUGCCGCUCCGUGAGGACACGUUUCUGCUGACUCCCCAGGAAGGCAUGGGCUUCCUGCGUGCGGUGCCUCGUGAGGUGAAGUAGGCGCCCGCUGUCUUUAGUCGGGGUCGAGUUUUGACGUGCGAUUGAGGUACUGAAGUGCAAUUUUCGGCAAUGGGUGGAAUGGUGUACCACAUGGAGUGCUUCUUCUUCACAGGUAUUUUUUUAAGUAACCUACAGGACGAUCAGAACAAAAUUAAGGCGCCAGUACUCUUCGAAGCGAAACAGUUUGGUCCGGCAAUGGCUCCUUGAUGUCGUUGAUCCUCGGAAAAAUGGCAAGAUGAACAUUUCUGAUUGGGAUGGUGCUUUGGACGAUACAUAAUGAAGGCCGAUGUAAUAAUAAAGGGCGUGUCCAACAUCCGUGGGUUCUGCAGUGUCCACGGGAUGAAAACGAUAACGCAGAUAGCUGCAAUCUGCCAGACAGUGAGUGGCAGUGGACGAAGACACAGCGUGGCACUAAGGACCUGAUAAUAACUCGAGAGCCUGAUCUGGCCAUCACGGUAGAUCACAGCAUGGGCGUAGGAACAGGGGGGCCAUGGCCCCUCGCUU